AUGCAGGGUCUGUGGUCCCGAGCUGCUCCUUCGCAGUCGACCUGUCGCUGUGUCUCGUGUCUGAGCACGACUGCUACAGGCGUUACCUCGCGAUCAACCACCGCUGCCAGCAAAAGACGCCUCCGAAUAGGCAACUCCGUCACCGCACUAUACACGAGCAUCUUCGCCGUUGCCGCCCUGGCCGAUGCUAAAGCCAAAACUCAACGUCGAAAUGACUGGGAAGAGAAGAUCGCGGCCGUUAAGGCGGAGGUGAAUGCAUUGGUGGAUGAAGAGCAGCGACUGAUGAAGUCACUACAAUCAAGGAGAAGUCCGCGCGGAAUUCAUCGACUGUUGUACAAUGGGGGUUCUGGAAUCACUUCGAGCUUACCUCCUACGACCCAGCUACGAACCAUGUCAAGCCAGCCAACAAGGUCCUUCCACACUGAUCGUCGGCUGAUCAAUGCUGCAAGCGCGGAGAUAACGGAGACUUUUGAAGCAGAGGAGGAAAUCACAUAUGAGGAUGAUUGUAUGGAAGAUAUAGAAGACAUGGAAGCAAGGCAUACGUUCUUUCCGAGUUGGGUCCUCCAGGAUCCUAUGCGAGUCAAAGCUAUCCAAAAAUUGGCCCUGAGACAAUUGGCAAUUCGAAUGUUGCUCCGACCGACCAUUGCCCAUCGUUACUCUGGACUUCCAGUGAACUAUACCCGCGAUUUCGAUGUUCCUCAAAUCAACGUGCCAAGCCUUCUCGAAGAGCUCAAUAAGCUUCGACGUCGAAUCACUGAACUUCGGACUUCCGAAAACUCAGAGUAUGAUGAUUUAGUUCACGAACUUGUCACAUUGAGUCCACAAAGAGUGCAAAAAGAAUGCAAAACUCUCGACGCCGAGCUUCAACAAGAUCUUCAGCUAUUCAUGAGCCGCCAGAUGUCCUUAGAAGAAGCUCUCUUGCGAACCUCUGAGAAUCUCCUCAAUUCAGUGGAUCCGGACCGGACAAACGCAUUCAGGAACAUAAUCAUUGCGUUCAGCCAAGCUCGCCAGAAUGAUCUGACCGAACUGCUGCUGCGAACAAUCUUACCACAUCGAUUCUAUUUGAGCACGUCUCUCAUAACAACGAUCAUGGUUUUUUUCCGCAAGUCGAAAAACCUUAAAGAUUUUGACCUUUUCCUUCGCAUGCUCACUGGGGAAGGCUGGUCCGCAAAUUUGGGGGCACUGGCGCCCUAUACUCACCGAAAGGUCAAUGGCCUGGAUGUGGUAGUCCCGCCGAUGGACAGCAAUAGCGUUCUUAUAUACUCAGAGCUGAUCACCUGUGCAUUACGUUUCAAUCAGCCGGAUCGAGCAGAUGCUUGGCUCCAAGCCGCGCGGCGUGUUGGCUUCUUCGACAACUUCAACACACUGUUUUGUUAUAUCAAAUUCUACAGCAUAAGACAAGACUGGGAGAAAGGAUCUGCGGCGCUUAAACGAGCUGUCACAUACCUAGUUUCAUCAACGGGCCUUGAGAAACACCAUGUGGAGCGCCUUGUUGUGCUUAUGGCCCACCUCUGCGAUUCCUGCGGUCGAAAAGAUGUUUCGCAAGCUUUGAUAUCUGCAGCUAUGGACAGUGGAUUCGACCCUUGCAUCCCGUCAGUCCAGGAAGAUGUUGAUCCUAUCAGUGACCCCAAUUUUGUGCGAUGGGCCCAGGCUGCUCAAUCAGCGCCCAAGGAGAACGCCGGUCGUCCUUUGUGGCAGAAAUGUUCCGAAUUUGCACACACCUUCGGUAACUACUUGAACGAUCUGGAGACAUCACAUGAUGACACAAGGACUCAAAAGCUUGCCAGCCACGCUGCUUGUUACGCGCAGAAUGCCAUGAGGGCCGGUCUUAGCGGUGAUUCCUUAACUUCGAAGAACGCGAAAAUCCAGGACAGCGCUCUAUCAUCGAGUUCACCGUCUGAAGUUGCUGAGUUGAAAAACGAAGUAGCUCAACUUCGUGAGCUUGUUUUUGAGCUCCGAAAGCACCACAUCCAGGCUUCAUUCAAAAAGGAUAAUUCUUACGCCCCCUCCGAUUUCACCUAUGAAGAGCAUACCUCACAACAAUCCGAUACCCGUUCACACGCCCCAACCCCGACCUCCGAAACCCAGGAUCCCUCUGCCACACCCCGCAGCGUCGAAUUCCACAAAGUUGCCCCCAAACCAGGCCGGCCAAAGAAAUCGCGGAAAAGAUCCGUGGAAGAUCGGGACCUUUUCACCCCUCGCCGUACAGCAAGCCAAGUAACAGCUUAA